AUAGCAGUGCCAUUACGAUGGAGCCCGCGUUCCGAGAUGUGGGCCAUAUGCCGGGGCUUGAAUUGUGGCGCAUUCAGGACCUUACGCCCGUAAAACAGACUAUCAUAAAUGGUCAUUUCCACAAAGGUAAUGCUUACAUAUUGUUAAGCACUUUUAAGAAAACCGGGGACACAACUUUUGAGCGUGCUAUCCAUAUUUGGUGGGGUAGCGAGGCCAGUCAGAACGAAGUGGCAGCGGCGGCCAGAAAAACUGUCGAACUGGACGAUGCUGUGGGUGGAGCGCAAGUACAUUACCGAGAAAUUGGGGGACACGAGUCUGCUUUAUUUUUGUCGUAUUUUAAAGAUUUUGGGGGCCUAAGGUACCUAGCGGGUGCGGAUGGAUUCGCUCCGGUGGAACGUGACGGCAUGCUGAGCCGCUUGCUGCAAGUCGAAGGCCUGGGGGUCGUCCGUGCGACGGAGGUUCCAAAACAACGCAGUAGUCUGAACGCAGGGGGCUGCUUUCUCCUCGACACAGGUCUGAAACUUUUCCUCUGGAACGGGCCCGGCGCCAAUUGUUUCGAGAAGGCCAAAGCUUUAGAGCUGGCAAUGCGCAUAAAAGACGCGGAACGUGGAGGCCAGGCUGACAUUUUGGCUGUGAACGAACUUGACAAGGAAGAUGAAGGAACUUGUGCGAGCUUUUGGGACGCAUUGGGGGGGGACAGGGCACCAGUAACUGUUUCCUGGGGAUCCCACGCAUCAAACGAGGCGAGGGAAGUCGUGCUCGCCCGGAUCACGUCCGGGCCCACGGGGGAUCUGACGGUGACCCCAAUCUCAGCGACGCACAAAGGCCUCAAACGCUCUAUGUUGGCGAGCGAGGCUGUCUUUGUGCUGGACGCUGGGGCAUCCCACUGCGUCUGGGCCUGGGUGGGAAAGGCGGCGACCGAGACGGAGAAAAGAGAGGGCCUGGCCCUGGCAGUUAGCUUCGUCGAAAAGACGCACCGCUCUGCGAUGGAGGUGCCGGUGGUUCGCGUCAUGGAGGGGAGCGAGACGGCCGCCUUUAUCAGCCAUUUCGCCGAGUGGGACGCCCCCUAUGCCUUGAAAUUUGAUGCGAUCGCGAGGUAUACGGGUGAGGGCGGCGGGGCCGACGGAGCCCCGUCCCAGGAGGGGGAAGAGCAGGACGAGACCAGGAACACGCUCGCCAAGCGCCUCCGCCAGGAGGAAAGACCGCUGACGGAGGAAGGCGACGGGCCAGGUACCCUGAGGAUAUGGCGCAUCGAGAAAACGCACAAGGUGGAGGUCCCCCUGGAGGAGCACGGGCUGUUCGAGGGCGGGAGCUCCUACCUGGUCCUCCACUCCUGCUCCCGGGGAGACACAGAGACGGAGGCACAUAGCCUGUACUUGUGGCAAGGGGUGGCGUCGAAGGUGGACGAGGAAGAGGCGUGGGCCCUGCUGGGAGAGGAGACCGAGGAGGACGGAGGGAGCCGGUCGGUGGGGGUCCGGGUCCUGCAAGGACACGAGCCGGCCCAUUUCCGGCGCCUGUUCCAAGGCCGCCUGGUCCUCUUCGCGGGGGGUGUUGGGGGUGGAUGCGGCCAUGAUAAGAAGCGGGAGUCCGACGCGAGCCUGAGGGCCGCGCGCAUUCCCGCCUUGUUUCGCGCCAAGGGGCUGGCGCCUGAGGAUUCCUGUGCGGUGGAGGUCCCAGUCACCGCCCAGAGCCUGAAUUCGGAGAAUUGCUUCAUCCUCUCCGAACCGGGCGACAACUUGCUGUUUGUGUGGUGGGGCACUGGGGCCACUCCCGCAGAGCGAGACGCAGCCAUGCACCUUGGCGAUGUGCUCUAUCGUUGGCAGGAGCAACAGGAGCCGGGAGGGGGCGCGGGCGAAGGGGCGGUGGAGAUGGUCGCGGUGGAAGAGGGGGAGGAGCCCGAUGAGUUCUGGACGAGUAUGGGUGGAUUAGCCACUUAUCCGAAGCGGCAAGCCGGUGAGGCGCAGGUGCCUCGCGAGCCUCGCCUGUUCGCCCUUGGCGACGCCACAGGGAGCUCGCGGAUGGAGGAGAUGGCGGGCUUCGUGCAGGCUGACUUGGAUGGGUCAAAGUUUUGCCUUUUGGACACGUACCGGCACGUCUUUGUGUGGGUGGGCGAUCAGGCGCAGGAGAAGGAGAGGAAGGAAGCCUGGAAAAUGGGCCAAGAUUAUCUCGAUCAGGCGAUGGACGGGCGGGACCCUGGCACCCCCCUGGGCGGCGACGUUGGCGCGUGGGGACGCGUAUGA